AUGUCGCUGGCGGUGGUGGUUGGCCAAAGGAUUGCGAAGCACCACCAGAUUCUUACGAGCGCUUUGUUCGUUGCUGCCCUCAUCGUGGUGGCCAUCUUUCCUAGCUUUGAUCGCAGGACGGAAGUCGAGGAGCAUGGCCUAAUUCCGGGCUACGCGACCAAUGGCCUGGACGCACGAUGGCAGGCUCGGCUGCGCGAGUGCAUUGCGCAGAUCGAGGCUGAAACCGACAUUCGCACCGCAAUCGAGGUGUCCUUACAGAAGGCAGGGCUGCAGCCCUAUCACAUGAACUUCUCACUUCCGGAGGGGGGGCAAAGUUCCCUCCUGUACACCGUUGCUGAGUCGCGGCGUGGCGACUCACGGGAAUCACUCGUGCUGAUGAUUGCCUCGAACUGGACCAUGAAGAAAAGUGCAGCAAAGUCUUCUUGGGGGAUCGGCAUCGGCGUCACAUUGGCCCGCUACUUAAGGACUGUGCACUGGCUGUCGCGAGACGUCCUCGUAGUGUUCGUGGAUUCCAACCUGGCCUAUGGUGCUGGUGCUCGUGCCUGGCUUCGGGCUUACAUCGAGGGUCACUCGGAGCUGCGGCGUGGGGCCUUGCGUCAGGCAGUCAUCCUUCAGGUCAAGAAUGGGGCAACAUCCCUGCUCCUGGAUGUCGAGGGCAUCAAUGGGAUGGUUCCCAACCAGGACUUGGUGAACACCUACUCUAUCACUGCGAGAGAGCGUCCAGGACUCGUCGUGCGGCAUCGGGACGCCUGGGAGUCCGUGAUGCACCAUGCGAGGAAUGGUGGAGUUCACACGAGUCAUGCCGCAUUUCUGGAGCUGCAGGUCCCGGCCUUCACUAUCAGAGGUGUGUCGGCGAAAGGAGAUCGCAGUACGAACCUCAAUGUGGACUCGCUGGCGAUGUCCAUCGAAAGCGUCGUUAGGUGUAUGAGCAAUGCCCUACAGCAGCUCCAUCACUCCUUCAACUUCUAUUUCUUCACAGGGCCGAGCAGCCACAUCUCGAACGGGCUGUAUUUGUAUCCCGUCUUUGCGAUGCAUUGCCUGCUCAUCAGCUUCCUCGGGACCACGCCGCCAUACCGCGACAUUCGGUCGCUGCUGGUGGGCCUUGGUGUGGUCGCUGCCAUUGCAGGGGUAUCUGGCAGCGCGAUGUUUGCCUUGGCCAUGAACGACGAGCUUCUUGCAAAGAGCUUGUCGCUCUCGGAGAAGCUUGCUUGCAUCCGCCCCGAGGCCUCUGCGGAGGCUGCGCUGCAGCGGCGGCAGACGGCAGGUGUUUGGGUACUGGCAGGAGCUGCGGUGUCCGCAAUCGCGGCCCUAGCUCUUCGAAACUAUGCCUUCUCCGUCUUCUCGGAGGAUGCGCAAGGACCGGCGCUCAAGUCCAGUGGUGUCCGACUUCCAUGUCCCCUCUGGGAGUCGGUGCGAGUGGCCUGCGGUUUCGCGCUCCUGGCUGUCCUUGCCCCCGUGACGAUCUACUCCUGGGCCUUAGCCAUGCCUCUGACGAUCGUCUGCGUGCCAGCCCUGGUGUUGGUGCGGCCCGUGGACAUGCGAAGGAGGCCGCUUCGAUCCACCCUUAUCCUGGCCUUCCUGGCAGGCAAUGUGUUCUUGAUCGCUGUGCCACCAAACGUGCGCGCCACAGCUCUGGGUGACUCUCCAAGACUUGUCGCAGACAACAUGCUGCACUUCUAUGAGAGGUCUCUCGUGCCUGCAGUGCCUCGAGAAGCGCAGAAGUAUCUGCCACGCCAGCUGGUGCAAUGGCUGCAGCAGGGGCAGCUGGCACAAGCUUUCCGCAGUGACAUGAUGCUGCUUCUCUACGAGGCAGCAAGAGACUUCAAGUGCGUUGGGGGAAUGCUGUUUCCCGUCAUUUGCUUUGCAUACUGGCCACUGCUCGUGUUGCUGGCGUUGAUAGCCUGCAUCUUGCCCGCUCAGAGGGUGCAGGACGAAGCCCUGUCCCUGUCGCAGCUGAGGCUUCAAGCACUUCUCGUGCUGGCGCUUGUCAUGGGUGGAAUCGUUGGUGGUGUCGUGUGGAGGUCCUACUCUUCGCACGGCCUGGAGCAGCUAAGAUGGUAG